GUGUUUGAUGUCCAUUAAUUGGGUAUUUGUUUUCCAGUAUGUCCUGUCUGUCCUGCAAUUUACCUACCCUACCCUUUUUCAAGGGUGGCAGACAUUAGUGGGUGGACUUCUGCUUCAUGUCUCCUGGAAGCUGGGCUGGGUGGAGAUAAACUUGUGUUCAAGGUCUGAAAUCCUGUCAUGGCUUCCUGCUUCAGUACUGUUUGUUGGUAUUAUUUAUGCUGGCUCUAGGGCACUGUCUAGAUUGCCAAUCCCGGUGUUCCUCACUGUGCACAAUGCAGCAGAAGUUAUAACCUGUGGCUUCCAGAAGUUUGUGCAGAAAGAGCAAACCUCUCAUCUUAAAGUCUGUAGUGUGCUGUUCCUCUUGGCAGCAGCAGUGUGCCUUCCUUUAUGUGACACGCAGUUUGAUCCAAACGGUUAUUUAUGGGCUCUAAUUCAUUUGAUCUGUGUUGGGGUUUACAAAGUACUCCACAAGUUAUGGAAACCUAGCUCUUUAAGUGACCUGGACCAACAGUACAUCAACUAUGUAUUCAGUGUGGUGCUGUUGGCCUCUGCAUCCCAUCCAGCAGGUGAUCUAUUCAGUGCCUUGGACUUUCCAUUCCUGUACUUCUACAGGUUUCAUAGCAGCUGCUGCGCCAGUGGACUGUUGGGAUUCUUUCUGAUGUUGCACACAGUGAAGCUAAAAAGCAGCACAACCUCAGGGCAAUAUGCAGCAUGGAAUUUCCUUGCAAAG